UACCUCAGUGGAUCCAUUCAUGCCCGGCGUCCGCGCUUCCCACAGUUGAGUUCAUGCCCACACUUCGUGAGGAAUCCAGGCCCGGCAGUCAUCUGUUGCAGGACUGCGCAUCGGGUCGUUGGCAUUGUUUUGCGCCAUUAUCGGCCGCGUAUUCAGGCUUAUCGUUGUCUGAGAUCUACUAGAUAAGUGGAUAAGCCUCUUGUAGUUCGUCAGUCCUGGCAAGGGCGGAGGAGGUUGCGCAAUAAUGUCGACUACCUAUGUUUUUACGAAAAUCGGAGCCGGCUGGAGCAUGAAGUUCCUCGAGAGAUGAGUUCUGGAUCGAGGACCGAAUAAGGAUUCGGUAGCGGGUGCGCUCCGGAGAACGCGUGUCUAGAUCUGGCAAGCCUGGGCAGGGCUGGACAAAGUGGUGGAUCGAUCAAUUGAUCAUCAUGAUGCCACUUAUGUGCGAGUGUGGCUGUGGACGGGACGACUAGACGGGAGCCUGGUGAAAUCAUUUCGGAACGAUGUGAUCGAGGGUAUGCUCCAGUGACCAAGGCCCCGUACAUAAUUGCUGCGCACAACCGCAUGGAACGCGAUUCGGUGGCAUUUAUAGUCCCGCCUCUUCCCUCUUUUCUCUCCUGCCUAUCGUGCACAACUCACGCGCGAGAUGUCUGAGGCAGAACCCGACUCGACCACCCCGCUCCUGCCCAGCACCCACCCUGCUUCCAAGCGGGAGUCCACAAGACAUCUGACCCACCUCCUGCUUCUCGCGUGCGCAGGGCUUCUAGUCUGCGGUGGCGUCUUCGUCGCGUGGCUGCACCUCUCCCGCGGCGGCCCUCCGCCGUUCUUCUCCCACAUCGCGCAGCCGCGCGGUCUGUGCGCGGGAGUGAACGGUCCCUCCGUGUCGCACGCGGGGCAUAUCGGGCUGGCGGGCGACUCUGACGCUGAUCCGAAGCGCUCUUUCUUCUGGUUUUUCGAGGCUGAGAACGAUGCGGCUUCCGCGCCUAUCAUCCUCACCGUCGGCGGCGGACCUGGGGUGACCGGUCUGCUCAAUCCCAUGGUUGCGUCGGGUCCGUGUCUGAUCACUGCAAACGGGACGGUUCCGAACCCGAAUCGCUGGACCGAACACAUGAACCUGCUCGCCCUCGACCACCCCAUCGGUGCCGGAUUCUCAUACGGGACGCAUGUGGACAACAGCCGCAAGGCGGCAUUCGAUGUGUACGACUUUCUGCAAAAGUUCUUCCGGCUGUAUCCGCAGCUCGCCAAAAACCCCUUGGUCGUUUCUGGAGGCUCGUACGGUGGCACGUACGUGCCGCACAUCGCGACUGUGAUCCACGAGCAGAACCUCCUCGUCGCGCAACGGAAAGGCCAGCCAGGCGCAGUCCACAUCAAUCUCGAAUCGAUGAUGCUCGUCAACCCCUUCACGAGCGCGCGAUCGCACUUUACAUGGUUGCUGCAUUACCGCUGCCACCACGUGAAACACAUGUACAACACAACAACCUGUGAUGAGCUCUACACCAAUGUCCUCCCUCGAUGCCUGGACGCGAUCGACUACGCCUAUCAGGUGCCGCACUGGGAUAUCGAUCGACGCGUUGCGGCGAGUGAGAUAUGUGGAGAACUGGACCAGGCCGACACGCACGGUGUGCUCCUGGAGGAUGUGCGACGAAUGUGCGAGGAUCCGACGCAGCGGCCGUGUCUGGGGCCCACGUUCCCGUGGCUCUCCGCGUUCUUUAACGAGGCGCACGUCCGGGAGGAACUCGACGUGCCGGCGUCGCUCGAGUUUAUCGCUCUCGCUCAGGAUGUGCCGCAAGCGUUUGGGCUCUCUGGUGAUGUUCUGCAGGAAGCGCAUCUGCUGUACACACCGUUGCUCGAGGCUGGGAUCCGGUUGCUGCACUUCGUAGGUAAACAAGACGCAAACUGUGCAUGGCCGGGUGUCCUGUCUUUCCUUAAAGAGAUCCAAUCACCCUACCAAGCAGACUUUCGGGAUGCACCGGACGUGCCCUGGCCUACUGCUGAAGGGGCCACCGUGCGGGUCAUCGGUCCGGGUGCGGGUAGCUUUACAUAUAUCCUAGUUGAGGAGGCCGGUCAUUCAGUCCCCAAGGACCAACCUGCCCUUUCCAAGCGCAUCGUCGAGCAUUGGAUACAGAACAUACCCUAUGUCUGAUUACAUAUGUAGUUCCAAGACUUUUGGCCUGGCUCCGCGGUCUAUCUUGAAAUGUGACGUAACACCGUGACUUGGGCCCACUCCUUCCCAGUCCGACAACCUUCCUUCCAACUCUCUUCCGCUACUUGUACUUGUAAACAUGCGAUGCUUCUCGUAGUCGACGAACGCUUUCUCGAUUCCCUGACUUGUGCAAGAAGCACGAUGUCUCACUGUCAUUGGAGAGGCGGAAGAGCGCGGAAGAAAUGCGAGACUGAGACUAAGCCACGGAAGCUAGGUCUCAAAUCGGCCCCUACGCUCUUCUGGAGUAUUCUUCCUGCCGUCGUUGCUCUUCCUCUUGGCUCCCACUCCCACUCCUCUCUCCAUGCCUCCAUCGCAGCGCCUGCCCGAUAUGACUGGCGCAGUCGUCGACUGUGGCCAGCUGGAGCUCCUACGCGUAGUGGGGACCGGGGCCUACGGCAAGAUCUACAAGGCCAGGAAGAUAAGCUCCAGAACCACGCCAACUCCUUACGACCAUGACACCAACAACGACACUGACGACGACAACCACAACGCCUUCUAUGCUGUGAAAUGCCUCCGCGUCCCCCGCCCCGAAAGCCGCGACGCCCACUUCCAGGAGCGCGAGCGCACGUUCCACCGCCUCGUCUCCUCGCAUGCCAACGUGAUCUCUUUCCACCACACCUUCACGACGCCGCACCAUGUCUUCAUGGUGUACGACUACGCCCCGGGCGGGGACAUGUACCACGCAAUCCUGCAGGGGCGCUACAAGCAGCAGGACGGGCUCGUGCGGCGGGUCUUCGCCGCGCUCGUCGACGGCGUGCGCUGGUGCCACGCACAGGGCGUAUACCACCGGGACCUCAAGCCCGAGAACGUUCUUGUGGACCGCGCAGGGGGGAAUCCGCGGAUUGCGGACUUUGGGCUGUGCACCCGGUCGCGCCUAUCGCGGGACUUUGAUUGUGGGAGCCACUCGUACAUGUGUCCUGGUGCGUCGUUGUAUACCCAGUUUGAGCGCUCCAUAUGAAUCAUCCGCCCAUCAGAAUCCUUCAGCGGUGCGAGUACGUACGGCUACCGGCCGCGGGACAGCGACGCCUGGGCGCUCUCCACGCUACUCUUGAACCUUGUGACGGGGAUGAACCCUUGGCACGGCGCGCAGAUCGGAGAUGCGCGGUGGAUGCAGUUUCGCGCCAAUCCAGACUCGUACCUGCCCACCAUCCUGCCGAUCUCGCGCCCGCUCAACACCCUUGCUGCGCGCUGCUUCCGACUCGAGCCGACCCGCCGGCCGUCGCUGGGGACCAUCCGGCACGAGGUGCUAUUCCUGCCCGCGCUGUUCGCCACACCUGAGGAAUUACGAGUCGCCACUCCCGGCGUCAGACGUGCGCUGGGUUUGAGUCUGAUGACCCAUGGCCAGCAGCAGCAGCAGCACCAACAGCACCAACAGCUUCCCAGGCCCAACCGGUCUCAAAACCGACCUGACCGGCAACCACCGUCCCCGCGUUCACCUCGCCCCCCAGGCUUGGUCCAUCGCCUCGUCACAGCCUCGAUCGCGAAACCCCGGCCGCUGAUCCCCUCAGACUCGGGCGAGGGCUCGGAGGAAUCUGCCGCCCGGCCCGUCGUCCUGCAGCUGCCCUCGGAACGCUCUGGGUCCUCUGGUGACCCGAGAAGUGUGGAGGAGUCGCACAACGCGCGUUCGCGCGUCGAUGGUGGCCGGGUAGCCAAGCGAGCGAGGAAGCUGAGCUUGUCGGUUUUCUCGAAGAUCGUCAAGAGCUUGAAGGUCUGGCAUAGGUGUGUCUGCAGCUUCGGAGCCUGGGGGCGAUGGUUUAUGGAUUCACAGGAGUAGCAAGUAUUCUAAUCGGGACGAGCUCGCGGUAGUCAGCCCACCUUGAUUGAUUGACCUUACAGUCUGGCUAUGAUUAUUUCGCAAAGUUAUGCUCAGGAUGUAUUACUUGAAAAGAUCACUACGGACAAUGGCUGGGCUCGCGAGGCGGCCCAUGGACAUCGUGUACCUUUCGUGUUUUUGGCACAACGAAUAAUGAUGCCAAAAUCGCAAACAAUUGGAGAACAAAAGAGAUGCCCACUAGCCGACUCGAACGACUGAUCUUCUCAUCGCACACAUACGAGUGAGACGCCUU